GGAAGCGGGUCCGUCAUGGCGGGCGGGCGGCGGGGCCAGGCGCUGCUUGGUGCCGGGCUGGCAGCGCUCCUCUGCGGCCUCCAUGUGCAGGCUGCUUGUCAGGAUGCCACUGUCACGCAGGAGCUUCUGAAAGAGGGGUUUCACAGGGACCUGCUGGUGAGGGUGGAACUCGGUGCAGUGGGGGAGCAUGCAGGAGGAUGCAGAGUGGCAGCUAGAACUCGUCUUCCACCAGGAAUCUAUGUGGAUCCCUAUGAGCUGGCGUCGCUGCAGCAGCACAAUUUAACAAAGGCGGUGUUAAUUCCUGAUGUGAUCGAUGUGGAGGCUCCUGAGUACUUAGCCACAAACCUUCUUGUUCUCCUGUACAUGGAACCCGACCCUGGGUGUUCUCGCUGUUUUAGAGCUGCCUUGCCUGUACACGGGCGCUACCACCGGCCAGCAGAAGAGAGUGAGGAGGCAUUGGUUGUUCUGAAGAGCCCAGAAGUACUGGUCUGCUGUUGUGACAAUCGCCUGUCAGCAGAGUGUUGGAAGCCUGCUGAAGUGGAAGCUCCCUGUUCGGGCAAAAACGUGGGCCCCUGUCAGUGGUACAGCAUAACACGCAAACUGGCAUAUGAGGAAUCAAUUCUGCAGGUUCCAGUGGGGCUCAGGCAACAUAGUUCCUUAGUGUGUGUCGUGACUCUUCUUGCCACGGUGCUCUGUUCCAGUCUGAUUCUCGCAGCUGUAUGCAAAUAUGGACACUUCUCCCCAGUGACCUGCUCAGAAUAAAGAAAUACGGAAUGACUGACCUCCAUCCAGCAAAACUAACUGAAUUUUCCAUCAGCUUCCUAAAUGAAUCCUACUCUACUGUUAAUUAUAUCUUGGUAAUGCGUGAGGGUCCCAUAAUGGGUUAUAGUUCCCUUGGCCUAAUUCCUACAAACAUCUUUCACACACAGAAGACUGUUUGGGUGUGUUGUCAAUAGACAAAGCAGAUGGAGGGUAGGAACAGCACUGCAAAAAGCUGGAAGGACUGAUGCAGUCUCGGUCUCCCCUUCCUUUCCCCUUCCCCCCUCCCUUCCCCAGAGCCUGCUUGAACUACAGUGCUGCCUCUUGCAGAGGUGUUGCUAUUUCUUGAAUUUAAACCAAUUUACUCAGGGAUUGGUUAUUAAGGGUAUGAAAAGCAUUAUCUGUCAUUAAAGUUUCUGAUUUUUAAGCUUGUUUACACUGUC